AUGCGUCUUCUGUUUGACCAUUACAAGCAUAAACUCGGCAUUCAUGGCAGUUCUCCCAUUGUGAUUCAGGAAGAUGAGCAAGAACCUAGUGGAAGUGGGGAUGGGAAGAAGAAAGGGAAGAUUUGGGGUGAUUUCAGGAAAAUGAAAAGAGAUGCCAUUCUGAAAGGAACCAGAAAAAGUUCAAAAUCUGAGUUUGAUAGGUACCUUGAGGAGGAGGAGGAUGAUGAAGUGGUUACACGAGCAUUGGUGGGUUCAGAAGAGGAUGAAUACAAGUUUGACAUCUUGGGAUGGUGGUCGCGAAGUGGGAUGAAAUAUCCUAUUAGUUCUGAGAUGGCUAGAGAUAUUCUUGUUGUUCCUAUUUCCACUGUUGCUUCUGAGUCGGCAUUCAGCACAGGAGUGGUAUUUCAAAAUGUAUAUGCAGCUUUUCAAGCUCGGAGUUCAAGUGCACCUGCAGGACCUAGUGGAAGCUCUCGUGCAGAACCUAGUGGAAGCUCUCCUGCUACCCAUGUUUUGGUCUCGAGUCCUACUAUGUCACAAGUGGAAGAAGACUAUGUCGACGACAAUUCUGAUGAGAAUGAUGAGACUUAUGUAGAUGUAGAGCCUAAUGAGGAGUGA